CUGUCUUCUUUGGUUUUUCAUUGUUUGUCUUAGUUUUUGAGUUGACAACAUGAUUUGGAGAUAACCCUUUUGUGCAUUUGGGAGAUAUGGGUGGGAUCUGGUUGCUAAAUGCACAAGGGUUUUUUUAUAGAAUGCAGAUUGGUAUGGAAGUCAGUUUACAAUGUUUGACUUCAACUGGUUUUCUUCGAAGAAGUGAUUUUCGCACUUCCUUUUUCUCGUCUUGCACUCCUCCCUCUUGUUCUAGCCUUCGGAUUGAAUAAACAUCGAAGGAGAACCGAGGGACGAAGCAGAGUGCAGAAGAAUAAAUGAGGCUGAAUAGGCUGUACUGAUUAUGUUAAAUUGGAUACAGAGUUUCACCAUCAGGUAUGGGUUCCGGGUGUUGGUUUAAGGUAUGUUUCGGCACAAAGAAAUCAAAGGACGACAGUUCAAAACAGUUGAAGGUAUCUUCAGCUCAUGGAAAAUCAAACUCCAUAAAAUUGAAAAAGUCUACUUUUGCGAAUGGUAAAAAUCUUGGAUUGCCAAUUGAGGAUAUAGCUGCAAUUCGGAUUCAGACUGCUUUCCGUGCAUAUGUGGCUAGAAAAUCUUUACGGAGUUUGAAAGGGAUUGUAAGAUUGCAAAUAAUGACCCAAGCUUAUCCUGUUGCAAAACAAACUACAACUACAUUGAGCUAUCUUCAUUCAUGGAGCAAAAUACAGGCUGAGGUUAAAGCCCGCCGACUCUGUAUGGUAACAGAAGGACGGAUCAAGCAGAAGAAAAUAGAGAGUCAACAAAAACUUGAGGCAAAACUUCAUGACAUAGAGGCGGAGUGGUGUGGUGGUUCUGAAACAAUGGAUGAAAUUCUUGCAAGGAUAUAUCAAAGAGAAGAAGCAGCAGUUAAGCGUGAGCGGGCUAUGGCAUAUGCAUUUUCUCAUCAGUGGAGGGCCAACUGUAGUCAAAGCCAAAGCUUGGGUAAUUAUGAACUCGGUAAAGCUAAUUGGGGAUGGAGCUGGAAGGAGCGCUGGAUUGCUGCUCGCCCUUGGGAAAGCCGUGUGCAGUCACCUAGUCCAAGGAAAGUGCAGAGUAAGCAAACAAGCCCAGUUGGUAAGAACAUAAAUUCACCAACGCCAAAAGCUUCGGUUGUAGUUAAACCUCCUUCAUCAAAUGGGAAGCCAACUACAAAGGCUCGGAGAUUGUCUUACUCAGCUGUCGAAGAAAAAUCAGCGGCAACUGCUGAGAGCAUUAAAACUGAAGAAAAAAACACUCAGAAAUGAACAUUGACUUUGUUGGUUCCGAUCCAAUGGUAGAAAAGAAACUAAAUAAGAAUGUCUUCAGUAUCUUAUCGACUCAAACAGCAGACAAAUGAGGGAAGAGCCAUUUGUUUAAAUACGCGUCGUUUCUUAUUCAUGUACAUGUAGUGGUGUGGAAGUAAUGUGCUUGCGCGUGCAGUAGCGGGUUAUCGAGCAGGACCUGGAUUUAGGACUGAACCAUCCUUCUAUGAUUCUUUUUUCCCCUCUUUCUUCUUAUUAAUGUAUAUUGUGAAAGGAAAAAAGAUUAUUGUAUUUAUAUUGUAAAUACACAAAAUAUUUGUUGGAGUGGAUUAUUCUGUGCUUUUUCACACUGUAAUUAGAAGUUACUCCUGGUUGUUCUCU